AUGUACUUACGACGCAUCGCCAUUAUCGUCUUCCUCUUCGUUGCCGCCUCUUUCGUGGCCUGGUUUUUGCCUCGAUAUCUCGAUCCGACGCCCCCAGAUCAAGAGAAACAACUCCGGGACAAGAGAUGGGUCAGCAGCAGUCCGUAUUGGCUCGACCGACAGGCCUGCAGGUGGCUGAGCCUUUGCGGUGUCCACCACCUAACCUGGGACCCCGCCGCCCUAUUGCCGUGGGGAAACGGCACCGACGAUGAUUUCUUCGCCGACCGACUGGAGCUUCGGUCGCUGUACAACGAGGAAGGCAGACAUCGAGGCUGGGAGAACGCUCGCCGGACGAGGCGUUCCCCCCAGGCGCAGGGCUCCGACUCCGACUCCGACUCCGACUCCGACUCGGACGAAACACGUUCCCGCAUUCCCGAUUACGUCCUCAAAUAUGCGCCCUUGGUUCAUCUUUACUCGGGCGAGAAUUUCUGGCCCGCCGAUAUCGCCGAACACGUCUUGCAUAUGGUUCCUUACCUGGAAGAAGACGCCUUGAAUCGGACCGCUGUCCUCGCCAAUCUCCAUGAGCUAAACGAGGAAGACGGUCGUGUCUUUCUGACCGCCGCCGAAGACGUGGAAUCAAGACCCCCGUGGCUGCACAGCGAAGUCGGCAUUCCCGAGCCCUGGGAAGAUGAGUCUGACGACCAGGAUGAUUCCAGUAGCGCCGAGAGCUCCGGUACCCAUUCCCCAGGUGGCCGGUCCAAGCAUGAAGGAGGUACCGACACCACCUGGUUUGAUGCGUCCCGCGACAGCCCCGUCCACCGCAUUUCCGACCCCCGUCGCUUGGAGAAGAAUACGUUUGCAUCCAGGCGCAAUGCGCAGUUGGUUUCCCGCAGGGACCAGCGACCCAUGGUGUCGGAACCGUCAUCCACCACCCACAAGCCUGACGAAAAGGGGCACUCCAAGGCACCGGCUAUCCUGAUUCUCGUAGACAAAGGCAACGGCAUAGUCGACGCCUUCUGGUUCUUUUUCUACUCGUACAACCUUGGCCAGACCGUCCUCAACAUCCGAUUCGGCAACCACGUCGCCGACUGGGAGCAUUGUCUGAUUCGCUUCGAACACGGCGAGCCGCGCGGCAUCUUCUUCUCCGAGCACGAGGGCGGCCAGGCCUACACCUACGAAGCCGUCGAGAAGAUGGACGGCCGGCCCGUCAUCUACUCGGCCGUCGGCAGCCACGCCAUGUACGCCCAGCCGGGGAACCACCCCUACAUCCUCCCCUUCAACAUGCUCAAGGACGUCACCGACCGCGGACCCCUCUGGGAUCCCUCCAAGAAUACCUACUCCUACUGGUACGACCAUGUCCAGGACCUCGAUGACGGGCUCGAUCUCGACGACGAUCUGGACGGCGAGGUCGAGCUGCUCUCGACUCACCGUCACGCCAACGCUACCAGUCUCGUGCCCACCUCCGAGAACCCGGACGCUCCGACCAGCUGGUUUCACUUUGCCGGGCCUUGGGGCGACCAGGUGUAUUCCCUCGCCGACCGUCGCCAGUGGCGCCUCUUCAGCCAAUAUCAUUAUGUCACCGGGCCGCUGGGCCCCAAGUUCAAGCGCCUCGGCCGCGAGAGACUCUGUACGGCUGACGGCUGUCGCAUUCUCGAGACUCUUGAGCCCGGUCAGACCUGGUAUGGCUGA